GCUUGGGAUUACAGGCGUGAGCCACUGCUCCCUAUCUGGGUGUCUCUUGGAAAGGAUAAAUUGGCAAUAGAUGGGAUUUCUUCUUGAAUCUUGAGAAAAUCUCCUGAGUGAUUAGACAAAUAGUAAUGUUUUGGAGUAUCUUGAAGUGUAACUUCUUGUUUACAGUUUGGUGUUACCUUGAAAAUGAGCAUUCUCCUUCGGAAAGUUAAAGUGUCACGUCUUCAUUUCAGCUUUCCUAAUCAAAAUUCGGUAAUUGAAGGGUGUUUGCUCGUCUAGUUCUUGAUAUGGCUCACUAUACAGUUGAAGACGCUGAAGCCCAGGGAAGUUUUCUUGCCUGUGUAAAUUUUUUUGCAGUACAGUUUUCCUGAGUGUUUUCUAUCAGAAUGCACUUGUUCCCAGUAUUAGACUGGGGGAAAGAAAUUAGACUGAUGAAAUUCUAUUUGGAUGAAAUUGACAGCUUUUGGCAAGACCUUUGUAGUGUUGACUUACUAUCUGAAUUUAGCAUUGGUAACGGGAAACGACCUGUAAAACAACCAAGCACACUGGAAGCCACCUUGCAGGGGGCAACACUGGGUUUGGCUUCAGCUUUGCAACUUGGAGCAUUUUAGCUUGGUAACACUGAUUCCCUUUCAGGUUAGUAUUGGGCCUGCAAUUUGGAUUUGAAUGAAAAACCGUAAUGUGGCUGCCGGUAAAGUAAACUGACAAAUGCACCAGACCAAAACAACUCAGAAGGAAGUAUGUUUGCCAUAAAGUCACAAAGUACGGACUUGAUAAUAUUCUGAGAAAUUGUUAAAGGAUGUGUGAUGGAGACAUGAGUAACAAGGACUAAAGAGAGAAAUUCAUUCUGUAACUGCUUUGAAUGUUGGACGUUGUUGAUGGGUUGGAAAUACAUCACCUUGGGAAUGAGAUUUCUUUUUUAAUUGGAGUUCCAGGAGUUGGUAAUAUCGUGCUCAUUAUAGGCUUCACAAGUUAAUGUAAUUUGUGGUGGGGACAUGGAAUAGGCAUUUCAUCUGUGUCACCCAGAGGUGGUUUUAGGUUUUAAAUUCUGUAUUAACGGUUGUUUUCUUUCCAGACUGCAAAAUUCAAAAUGGUGCUCAAGGUAUUCGUUUCAUCUACACCAGAGAAGGCAGACCGAGUGGCGAGGCUUUUGUUGAACUUGAAUCAGAAGAUGAAGUCAAAUUGGCCCUGAAAAAAGACAGAGAAACUAUGGGACACAGAUAUGUUGAAGUAUUCAAGUCAAACAACGUUGAAAUGGAUUGGGUGUUGAAGCAUACUGGUCCAAAUAGUCCUGACACGGCCAAUGAUGGCUUUGUACGUCUUAGAGGACUUCCCUUUGGAUGUAGCAAGGAAGAAAUUGUUCAGUUCUUCUCAGGUAUAUUGAAAUCUUUAAGAGCAGUAGAGCUGAAGUUAGAACUCACUAUGACCCACCACGAAAGCUUAUGGCCAUGCAGCGGCCAGGUCCCUAUGACAGACCUGGGGCUGGCAGAGGAUAUAACAGCAUUGGCAGAGGAGCAGGCUUUGAAAGGAUGAGGCGUGGUGCUUAUGGUGGAGGCUAUGGAGGCUAUGACGAUUACAAUGGCUAUAAUGAUGGCUAUGGAUUUGGGUCAGAUAGAUUUGGAAGAGACCUCAAUUACUGUUUUUCAGGAAUGUCUGAUCACAGAUACGGGGAUGGUGGCUCUACUUUCCAGAGCACAACAGGACACUGUGUACACAUGCGAGGAUUACCUUACAGAGCUACUGAGAAUGACAUUUACAAUUUUUUUUCACCACUCAAUCCUGUGAGAGUACACAUUGAAAUUGGUCCUGAUGGCAGAGUAACUGGUGAAGCAGAUGUCGAGUUUGCAACUCAUGAAGAUGCUGUGGCAGCUAUGUCAAAAGACAAAGCAAAUAUGCAGCACAGAUAUGUAGAACUCUUCUUGAAUUCUACAGCAGGAGCAAGCGGUGGUGCUUACGAACACAGAUAUGUAGAACUCUUCUUGAAUUCUACAGCAGGAGCAAGCGGUGGUGCUUAUGGUAGCCAAAUGAUGGGAGGCAUGGGCUUGUCAAACCAGUCCAGUUACGGUGGCCCAGCCAGCCAGCAGCUGAGUGGUGGUUAUGGAGGCGGCUAUGGUGGCCAGAGCAGCAUGAGUGGAUACGGUAGCCAAGGAGCAAUGAACAGCAGCUACUACAGUAGUGGAAGCCGUGCAUCUAUGGGCGUGAACGGAAUGGGAGGGAUGUCUAGCAUGUCCAGUAUGAGUGGUGGAUGGGGAAUGUAAUUGAUUGAUCCUGAUCACUGACUCUUGGUCAACUUUUUUUAAAGAAAAAAACAAAACUUCAGUUUAGCAGUUUCUGCAAUACAAGCUUGUGAUUUAUGCUUUCUCUCUGAGUGGAAAUCAGGAUUGUUAUGAAGACUUAAGGCUCAGUAUUUUGGAAUACAAUACUUAACCUAGGAUGUAAUAGUGAAGCUGAGUAAACUAUAACUGUUAAACAAGUUCCAGCUUUUCUCAAGUUAGUUAUAUUGUAGGAUAUACUUAAGCAGUAAGCGUAUUUAGGUAAAAGCAGUUGAAUUAUGUUAAGUGUUACCCUUUGCAUUGAACACUGUUCAGAUGCAUGUUGAAAGACAUGCUUUUUUUUUUUUUUUUU